UUAAAAAAAGAAACAAUAGAAUCAUAGUUCUUUUGAUGUUGAUGGAGAGUGUAGCAUACAUCCACCAGAAAAGCAAUUGUUUGUGUAGCCAACAAAAAUGAAUUCAAAGCUUUCUACCGGCCAGAAGUGUCACAACAGAUCUGAUCAUAACGACAAGUCUACUCAGAAGAAGCGUAGCAAGCUAUUGAAAGAGACAAAAAUUACGGACAUCAAUUGUGAUUGUCUUGAGAAAAUUUUCGAGUACUUGGCCAUUGGCGACCUUUUGAAUGUGGAUGAUUCGAAUAAAUGGCUCAAAUUGGCAGCUGCCAUAGUUUUCGGUAGAAAGUUUGGCCAUAAAAACGUCAAAAUAACUGAUAUUUAUCCAAAAUAUGGGGCACUUUCUGAACGUGAUGGAACAAUUGUAGUUGGCGGAUUGAAGACAUGUCUACAGUUUUUGCGAUGCUUCGGUGAAUCUGUGAAAAAGUUGGACGUGUCCUUCGUUGACUCAACCAAGAAGCACCACUCGCACGUUGACGAGUACAUAAACGACUACUGUGCUGACUCACUGGGGCAGCUCAGAGUCUAUGGUCGGUUAACCAGUUUGAUGAAGGAUAUAAGCAAACCAUUUUCAGCUGUUGAAUCUCUUUGCUUUGAAGAAUGUGUAUUGGGAAGCAAGUUGACGCAAUUCAACGUAUGGUUCCCGAGACUUCGACAUUUGGUGCUGUUCACCAACUGCUUGAAUCCCACCAGUAUCCAGGUGUCAUUUCCAUACUUGGAACACUUGGCGACUGAAAUCAAUCACGGACGAUCCACUGAUAUUGGAACGGAAAACCUGAAAAUGGCCUUAGGCGGUAAUCCACAGUUACGAAGCUUGUACAUUCGGGUUGAUACUGCUGAAAAGUUCGUGUUUGAUGAUUUCAUCGAGGUCAUCUGCCAAAAUCCAUUUAUCGACAAUCUUCAGACGCAUUGGUACUAUACACAUACAUUCCAUAAUUCAGAUGUUCUGUGUCGAAUUGCGAAGGCACUGCCAUCCCUCACAGAGCUCCACUUCACCGGAUUGGUGUUUAAAAACGUGGAAAUCGCACGAUUUCUGGAUCAACACAAAUCGUUGAAGAAGUUUUCAUUCGUACUUUCCAUGGGAUAUGCUUACAAAUUUCUGCAAAGCGUUUUAGGUAACAUCUGGAACGUUUCCAGAGACCGAAACAAUCUCAUCACUCUGCAACGUUGACAGGAGAAGGAAGGAAGAAUGAAAAUAUUGUCGAAAAUAAUUCAAGAACACCAGUCAAAAAGAAAAUUACCAUAUUUCUUGUCUAUACUUUUACUUUCCAAAAAUAAUUUACAUAUUUUUUUAAAAUCAAAUUUCCGCAAAAGAUAUGCUCAUGAAUGAACUUGACACUUAUUCACGAAACAUUGCAUUGGCUUGUUGAUAGCAAUAAAAGGAAUUCACAUGUAACUUGAAAGUUGUUUUCAAAACGUGUUAUGAGCUGACGUCAGCAGCACUAGCUAACGUCAGCUGCUGAUAUUAGCUGCUGACGAGUAUGCUUUGCGUUGUUUUAACGCAUUUGCAGUACAAAAUUCAUAUUCCUCUCUGGUUUCCAAGCCAAAUUUCAUAUUCUCUUCAUUCAAAUUUGACUUGGAAACCAGAGAGGAAUAUGACUUUUGAACUGCAAAUGCGUUAAAACAACGCAACGCAUACUCGUCAGCAGCUAAUAUCAGCAGCUGACGUUAGUUAGUGCUGCUGAUGUCAGCUCACAACACGCUCUGGUUGUUUUCCGCGACACCUUUUUAAAAACAUUUCCAUGAAAUAUUCAAACUUAUAACGAACAAAUUGAUGUUGCUUUUUCAUAGGAACUAAUGUUUAUCGCAUAAUUGCCGUUGCCAAUUGACAUUUGCCAUAUUUUUUUUUAACUCGUAUUCAUAAUGUAUAAUGUCGACCAAAUCUUGAAGCUCUCAUUCAUUACGCUUUUUGAAAUACCUCAAGACUCGUUAAAAUUGCUUGGUGCAUAUAAAACAAACGGUUGAGCGCAUAAUGUUUGAUAGAAAAUGGAAUUCAGGCUAGCAGUCGUUCCAGUGUAAACUGUGCUCACAAUCGAAUUUACAAUUUGAGCCUUAAGCUCAAUUGAUUUCCAUGAUGGAGAAUAAGUGAUUCAUUUUUAAA